UGUUUUUUGUUUUUUUUCUGAAUGCAUUUGGAGAAUCUCAUCUCUCUCUGCUCUUUCAUGCCCGAUGGCAAAAAACUCUAAAGUGCAUUUCUCCACUUGUCUCUGUGCAGGCAGCUAAAUUUAUCUGUAGUUCUCUGCUGAGCUUAGAGGCUUAAUUACCCAGAAGAGAGGAGAGCAAAAAUGAAAUGCAACUAUGCAUGAGUGUGUGUGUGGCAUCUUUAGAGUAAAGUUGUCUCAGAGAGGAACAGGAAAGCUAACAUUUACCAGGGAAGGUCCCUCCUUGAGUUUUUCUGCAGAACAAAUCUGUGGAUCCAUCAGGGGACAAAUCUCAGUCCUUUAAACUGUUUGUUCAAAGUGUUUAAGCUCCUUGUGGUACAGAUGCUGGAAAGAUUGUGUCUGUUGAAUUGGCUUCCUAAAGCUGGAUUUUUUUAAAGUACAUUAAAUGUUUAGUUGAAGGAAGUAGUUUCUGUUUUCCUUUCCUGCUAAUCUAAAGCUACGGCAUGCAGCUGGUUAGCGUAGCAUAGCACAAACAGUGGACAAUAAAGGAAACUUCUAGCCUAGCUCUGUCUAAAGGUAAAAUAACUCACCAACCUGCACAUCUACAGUGCAUUGAUUUCACAGGGAGGGAGAGUAUCCCGCGGUGAGGUGCAUGUGUGAACAGGCAACUCAGGGAGGUUUCAGCUGCAGCCAGACUUUUUCUAGAAUUAAAUGUGGAGACGGUCUAAAUAACAUCUCCACCUUCUGUUGUUUAAGUUCCUUGGAGCAGGAACAUAAACUGCUCCAGCAGAGCCGCCCAUCGCUCGAGGUCUGUGGGUGUAAAACGAGCUGAAGCUGCACACGCAUGAGGCUGGAACAAAACGCACCCGAAUGAAAUCUCAUUGUGUGUGUCUUUGAUUCCUCUCCAGCGUGAAGGAUGUAGAGCCGGAUGGAGGGGCAGGAUGGAGUGCUCCUGGAAGACGGUGCUGCUUCUGGUGUGUGCGUCUCUGGGGGUGCAGUACACCGCCAUCCGCACCCUGAGGGACUCUCUGUCUGGACCCUGUGAGGGAGCGUACCGCUGCUCCUCCAGACACCACAGAGACUCCAGAUGGAGAUCAUUGUGUGAUGACGGUUGGAUGCAGGAGUUGCCUCGGAAACACAUCCUGCUGUUUUCCACAACCCGCAGCGGCUCGUCCUUCACGGGGCAGCUCCUCAACCAGCACCCGGAGGUGUUCUAUGUGUUUGAGCCUCUCUUCCACGUGCAGCAGGCCUUCACCAACUCCAGCAGCCGCCUGCGCCGCUCGCUGGACCGCCGGGCCCUCCUAGGAGCGUACAGGGACCUCCUCCUCAACCUCUACACCUGCGAUCUUCACUUCAUGGAGAACUACAUCCGGCCAGAGCCGCAGGACCACGUCACCAACUCCUUCUUCCGUCGGAGCUCCAGCCACGCCCUCUGUUCCCCUCCAGUGUGCUUGGAGGGAGGCGACGGAGCAGUCUCUGAUCUGCCCGAUGAAACCUGGUGUCCUAAGAAGUGCGGCACUCUGAACCUCACUUUAGCGUCCUUGUCAUGUCUGUCAAGGGGAAACAUCGCCAUAAAGACCGUGCGCGUCCCUGAGGUUGGCGACCUGCGCACUCUGACGGAAGACCCUCGUCUUGACCUGAAGAUCAUCCACCUGGUAAGAGACCCCAGAGCCAUCCUCGCCUCUCGCAUGAUGGCGUUUUCAGAUCAGUUCCGUGCUUGGAAAAUAUGGAACGCAACAGGACGGCAGCCACGUUAUGUGGACCUGUCACAGAUCACCAGCACCUGUAAGGACAUGUCAGCCUCUGCAGAGACGGGCCUGCAGAGACCGCCAUGGCUGCAUGGACGCUACAUGCUGGUGCGGUACGAGGACCUUGCGUUUAACCCGAAGAACAAGGCGGCUGAGAUCUACAGGUUUGUGGGGCUGGAGAUGGAGGACAGAGUGAGUUUGUGGAUUUCAAAGAACACCAACAGUAAUGUGUCGGCUCCCUCCGAGUGGAACUACAGAUACUCCACCACCAGAGACUCCAGAGCCGCCGCAGAGAGCUGGAGGCUUCGACUCAGCUUCGACAUCGUGAGGACGGUGCAGCGACUGUGCAACGACACGCUGGCUCUGCUCGGAUACAAACCGGUUCAGUCUUCAGCUCAACUCAGAAACCUGUCACACAGUUUAAUCCAACACAUGAGCUUUGAGACGGUCACAUAAGCCGUUCUCUCACAUGCAGUCCUGAAAAUAUUUACAGAAAUCCUUGAAAUCUUCUUGAGUUGAUGUUCAGCAGGGUUGUGUCCAGAGUCCAGACCUUUUUCAGUGGGGGGGGCAGACUGGGGGCACUGACGUAUGCAGGGCUAGCAAGCAGUUUACCUUCCUUUCCCCACUAAUCACACUUUUAAGUUACACAAGAGAAUGGCGACAUCGUCUUAGCUUCAUUCUUUCAGGACUCAAAAAGAAGACAUUUGUUCAGGGUCACGAUUUAAAAACUUUUCAUAGCUGGUUCGUUCAUUGUAAGUUAGACAGGGUGCAGCAGUUUGCUUGUGAGUCUUUAUGGAAUCGUUCCUUUCCAAAAAACCCGUCUCAUGAAAUAAAAUGUGCACAGUCAACUAGCAGCCUGAUGCAACACAGUUGAUUUUGACUUAAAUCCCGCCUCUGAAAACGCAAAUAGCCAAUCAUAGUUUGUGAUUUUAGUUUAGCCAAUCAGAUUUCAAGGGGGGCCCAUGCCGUUCCGGGCAUCCCUCUGGACACGCCCCUGCUCACAUACCUCUCUCACAGUGUGAGCGAGGUGAGCGCCUCAGGUGGCAAGACAUAACCUCAAAAGAUGUCAUGAGCCUUGUUCCCACCUGCACAAAACUCCUGAAGUUUUCAGGCUGAGCAAAAACACUUUUGAGUUUUGUGCAGGUUUGAACAGGACUAUAAAGGAUUUUAAUAAACAACCGUACUGUUACACAAUUACUCAUCUGCUGUUUUCAUGCUGAUGGAAUGAAAGUCAUUUAACUUGAUUGUUAAUUUAAUCCUAAAUUAUUUAAUUUCACUCUUUCUUCACUUUUAUGGUUUUGUCAUAGAUAUGAAAAGUGCCAAAUUUAAGCGUACGUGUUGCUGAAGAUGUUUAAUCCAAUCUAUCUGUACUGGUCUUAGUGGUGACUGAAACUCAUCUUCAUUAACUGUUUGACAUUUUUUUAUUUCAUUGACGUGUUUACACUCGAGAACGAGAGACCCUUCACAGAGCUCAGGUCCUCAGGUUUGAAAGAGAAUCUCAGACACAGAGAGGAUGUUCAGACUAAGCGGACACAAAGGAGAUUAUAGGAGAAAAGAAAUGCCUUUUAAGUUCUUCUGCAGCUCGGUGAUGUGAGAACAUUUAUUUAUUCUUUGUUUUAAGGUCAUAAAAACUGUAUCUGCUGACGUAUUGUUCCUAUGGAUGUGUUUGGAAAUGUUUGUGUUGCCGUACUGUUUGUAUUUUUUAAGACUUUUUCAAUAAAAAUGAUUC